GUUUUUGUUCAUAGAGUUUUAAACAGUGUUAACAAAUAAUGGCUAUGGAUACCGUGUACAAACAUUUAAAAAUUCGAAACAGACCUUACAGUGUGAAUGAUAUAGUGUUGAAUUUACAUAAUGAAUUUGGAAAGUCUGCUGUUCAAAAAGCUAUAGAUCACUUACUCGCGGAAGGAAAGAUUUUUGAAAAAGUCUAUGGAAAGCAAAAAGUUUAUUGUGUCGUUCAAGACUCGACUAAAGAUAUAGAAGAAUUAAUGAGAAUCGAUAAGGAAUUACAAGUGCAUGCAAACGAAGUAGAAACUAGGUAUCAAGAUCUUGAGAAAGAGAUAAAAGCUCAAGAAACUUUGUUGGCAUCAUUAAAGUCAUCUGUCACUCUCGAAGAAGCACGCCGAGAGAAAGUUUUGCUCGAAGAAAGUAUUGAAGUUUUAACCAACAAGUUAAAUAUACUUAUCGCAUCUACUGGAAGUACCGAUUUAACCGAAAUGAAAAGAAAAACGCAAUCUUCCUUAGACGAAUACUCUCGUGAAUAUCUUAAACGUAAAAGAUUAUGUACAGAAUUAACAGACUGCAUUUUGGAAAAUUAUCCUGGUACUAAAAGUGAAUUAUACGAUGAAAUAGAUAGACGAAUAUUGGACAGACAUUGGACAGACAUUGGACAGACAUUGGACAAUUAUGAUGAUUUAAAGGGUUAAAUUACCUUCGAUAAAUUCAUUAUAGUGAUAAAUAUUAGUAGAAAGAGCAA